AGAGGGCGUGUGAAACAGUGUCGACACUGUUAACACUGGAAAAUGGAGAAUGACAGAAGAAAAAAGAACACUUUCACACUCCCUCACGAAUUGAUUGAGGAAAUUCUCUUAAGGUUACCGGUCAAAUCUCUACUGCGAUUCAAAAGCGUUUGUAAAUCAUGGCUUAAUCUCAUUUCUGAUCCCCAAUUCGCUAAAUCCCAAUUUGACCUAGCUGCAGUAAAAACCCAUCGUCUUCUUCUCAGAUCAACCAACCGUUCUAUCAAAUCCCUAGACAUUGAAGCAUCGCUUCGCGAUGAUUCCUCCUUCUUAAACCUCCUUCUUCCUCCUCCACCACUUUCACCGUUUCUCUUUCACGGUGUUCAUCACGAAGGAGUUGAAAUAUUGGGUACUUGCAGAGGUCUCGUUCUUUUGCUCUACCGAAGGGGUGAUAUUGUUCUGUGGAAUCCCUCAAUUGGUGUUCAUAAACGAGUAUCGCACUCUCCCUUUUGUGGAAUUGUCGAACUCUUUUUACAGGGUUUUGGGCACCCUGUUUUGUAUGGGUUUGGUUACGAUGCUUCAACCGAGGACUAUUGUAUAAUUUUCAUAGCAACAGCGAUUAAUUAUCAAACUGUGAUUGAGAUUUUCUCCAUGAAAGCUAAUUCAUGGAGCAGUGUAAAGCGUGAGGGUGUUGCUAGUUUUCCGUACGAGCUUCUAGGGUUUGAAUUCAGAGCUGGGUUGCACUUGAAUGGGGCUAUUCAUUGGUUGGUUUUAUCUGAGAUUAAAAAGGAGCGUGUGAUUAUUGGGUUUGAUUUGAUGGAAAAGGUUUUGUUUGAGAUUCCUCUCCCAGAUGAAUUAAUCCCGGAACCUGAGUUUUGGUUGUUUCCUCCGAUGUAUGGGUUGUGUCGUCCUAGGUUGAGGGUUAUGAGAGGGUGUUUGGCUCUGUGUUACCCAGGGGCUUGGAAAGGGGAUGAGAUUGAGAUAUGGGUGAUGGAACAGCAUAGAGUGGCAUCUUCUUGGACCAAGUCCAUUGUUGUGUCUACUUCCAGAAACAUUCCUCACAAGUCCUUUUUCCCGUUGUGCUUCACCAAAGGUGGUGGAAUGUUGGGAACGAAGGGCCGUAGAAAAUUAGUGAAACUUGAUGACAAAGGAAAGGUGGUUGAGGAUUUUGGGUUUAAUGGAGAUUUUGAGGCGUUGUACACUGACAAUCUACACUCUGCCAUGUAUAGAGAGAGUCUACUACCACUCCCUGUGGUUGACUAACUGUGACACUGAAGGUUUAGGAUGUUCAUCAUACUGGUCUAGUGUUGAUAAGGUGUCAAUCAUAGUUUCAUCAUGAUAUCCACGAAGUUACAUUGAUUGCCCGGGCAAGGAUGAUGGUUCAAGGGAAGGAUAAAUUAGAACUUCAGAAUAACUUGUAUAUAUUUCCUUUCAUAUUAUCUCCUACAUCGACAAGAUUAUAUUUAGCUGCAUAAUAAAUUACCAUUAUUUUCGUAUUAUAAUAAAUGCUUUUGUAUUAUUUAGAUAUUUUAUAUUUACUUAUCAAUUUUAUACAACAAACAAUUUUUAUAUUUCAUAAAAUUAAUAAUUUCCUGAUUUCUUCUGUCAUUAAACUAAUUUUUUAAAAUUAUAAUUCUAUAAUAUGAAUUAAUUCGGUAUACUCCUCAACUACGUAGAAGGUGAUCUAAUCGUAUGGAAUCCAUCAAACGGUAUGUACAAGUGUAUAUUAGACGGAUAUUUUGGAGACAUGUACGAUUGUCUAUACGGUUUUGGAUACGAUGCUGCGACCGAUGACUAUUUGGUGAUUAUCGUGGAUUUGAGCGAUACUCAUUUUAUUGACGCUGAUUGGGCCCGAGGUUUAUGUUUUUCAAAGCUAAUUCUUGGAGUUGUAUUAAGAGUAUCAGUGUUCAGUAUAAGGAUAUGGGUUAUGAAUUCGGAGAUGGGUCAGAUGGGUCAUUGUUGAAUGGCGCUAUUCACCGGUUGGUGUUUAGGGUUUAUGAUGGUAGGAAGGUUCAAGAGAUUAUUGCCUUUGAUUUGGUAAAGUGUAUAAUUUGAGGGUGAUGAGAGGGUGUCUACGUGUUCGAUGCUCGGUUCAAGAGAGUGCAACGAUUAAAUAUGGGUUAUGAAGGAAUAUAAGGUGCAGUCAUCUUGGACAGAGUCUGUUGUUAUAUCUACUGUUGACCUUACUCGUGAUCCAUUUCAACAAUGUGUUGCCGGAGAUGGUGGAAUUUUGGGGGGUCAAAUGUGGGUGGAAGAUUGGAGAAACUGAAUGAGAAAGGAGAGUUGCUUGAGCAUCGCGCAUUUGGUAAUGUUAGUGGAUGUUAUAGGUUGUGCUCAGACAAUCUACAAUCUGCUAUGUACAGAGAGUCUAUUGUCAUUCUCGAGUGAUGGUGGGGAGACAAGCGAAGUUAACCAAUGGUGAGAAACGAAAAUCAGGGUAUGCAUUGCUCUCUGAUUCUUUAAGCUGUUUUAUUCCUAUGCAUCUUGCAUUUGGAAAAAGAAAAGUUACGAGCUGAAUGUGUACCACAUGAAAAUGAUAGAUGGGAUUGUGAGGAAAAUGAGGUUUUGUUGAUUGAAUUUACCAUGCUAAGGGAAAAUGGCAGAUGUCUUCCUCUUGCUUAGUCAGAAUAAUCAAUGGCAAUUUGAAUGGAAAAUUAUACAAGAAAAAAUGACAUUUGGGGGUAAACCAACUACGAUUUCAGGUGUGGUUUUUAUAAUAUCACGGUUUUAAAGCUAAAAAUCUUCAACAGUGCCUAAUUAGUACGGUGACAUUUACAAAAUAUUGGAGUUACCCUGAUGUCCCAGCUUUACUUCGAAUGAUGACUGCCUUCAGCGAGCAGAAAGCGUGGCACUUAGAAGAGAAUGUCAUGUAUACCAUUAAACAAUCUCGUUUCCAUGCAAACUAAUAUUUGUUUUAGUGAUGAUUCCUGUAAGAUCGAAGUCUGAACUGACUCUUCGGGUUUAAUAAUGUUUCAAAGUAGUAGUUAUCAAGUCCUAGUUGGAGUUAGUACAUAGUAUUUAUCUUCUGUAUCUUUUUUCCUAUAAAUGUUGUUAUUAUUAUGUUUGCAGUCUAUUUCUCUAACCCUAUUUU